GUACGCUCUCUAGCGAACAGCUUGCGCGCCGUUAACCGUACGACCCCGCUACCAUCAAAUCAAGUGAGUGGCCCGUAAUGUCCUCGCUGUUCUAGCGAAGCGAAUUCGCAGGGAUGGCGAUUCAAUCGUGCAUAUUUUCCGGUGGAGCUUCACCGACUUCUCAAUACCGCUGCUGCACGUACAUGCACCUUCGUGCAGGCUGCUGCAUGCGUUGCAGCCUCACCGGUCAAGCCCAAACUCACCACUUUGAGGUUUCGAACCGAAUACAUAGCGACGAUCGUCGGGCUUGCCCGCUGCCAUCUUUUCCCCUUUGCGCUUCUAGCAGGCUGCCAACGCACUGGCAAUUAAACUACCCGCAGGUUAAGUUCCUGGAGAAGACUACCGGCGCUGCAUUGCUGCCAUCAACCGCUUGUUCGCUCUACCAGGACCCAUCUUUUAUCUCUCCUGACUCCAUCCUCUAUUGCACUUCCCCACAUGCUAAGAUGCUGAAUUCCACUGCCGCGCUGUUCCGAUGCCACAUCACGCUUGCUAGCCAGGUCCAGCUCCCAAAGCACCCGACCCAAGUCGUCCUCGCGGGGCCAUUGCUCGGACAAAAGAGGAUGAUCGCUGCACAAAGUCCAGGAUAGUACAGUUUCGCAUACUGGCAGAAAAAAGAGAUGGCAUUGGUCAAUUGCAAAAUGAACGCGUUUGCGGGCAUGGGCAGUUUGGCGUCGAGCUGCGGCAGGACAGGUGAGGCGCAGCACAGGGCUGAGCGCGAGAAUGGUUCAGCCACCCGUUCGCACGUGAGGUUAUCUAUGCGUUGACGUCGGAGCCGAUGCCCGGAGAUCGGAAGAGCUGAAGAG